AUGGCUUCGCACGACUACUACAACGGUGGCAGUCAACAGGCUCCUUAUGGCGCCGGCCCCAACGCUUCUCCCUAUUAUCAGAAUCACGAUACCCCUUCGCCGCAUUCUACACCAGCACCCCCAUACGAGCCUAACUCGUACAACUCACACUAUGCUCCCGACACCUCGAUCUAUCCUGCCAACACUGCCGCGCAUAUUGUCCCGACCAAGCAAACACCAUACUCGCCUAACGAUAUACAAUAUCCUCCAGCGGGCACUUAUGCUAGCCCUUCUGGUCAGAGCUCAAGCCAUAAUCAGCCUGGCCAAACUGGUCAGUCUCCUUUCGACACCGUCUUUGACGAUCAUGUGUACCCGGCAAACUCGAACACCGGACCGACUCCCAGCUCCAGUACGGCUGACAUUGGCCAACAAGGCUUCUAUCAAGAUACAAGCUAUGCUGGAGGGGCUGCUGCUGCGCGACCUUACGGCCAGGAAGACAUUCCCCUUCAAGACCGGACCGCUAAGAAUGACGAUCCCGAGAUGAAUGAUCAUAUCUAUGACGCCCCUGGACGGCCUAAGAAGAAGGGCAAGAAGGGCAAGGUUCGCUUGGGCGAAUUGGGUAUGAUUGGCUCCAACAAGAAGAGGAUUCCUUGGGUUGUCUAUAUCUUUUCUAUUGUCCAAAUCGCCGUCUUCAUCGCCGAGAUAGCAAGAAACGGCAUACUAACAGGAACUCCCAUUGCGAUCAAACCGCAAUUCAACAUAUUUAUUGGCCCAUCUCCCGCUUUAUUGAUCAACAUGGGCGCACGUUAUGCCCCUUGUAUGCGCAACGUGAAGGGUAUCCAAAGUGUGGACAAAAACGCGAAGGGCGCCGUUCUACCAGGUCUACUUUGUCCCAAUGCUACCAGGGACGACAGCUUCUGCCCUCUUCAUGUGGUCUGCGGUUUCGGAGGUGACGUUCCAGACCCUAAGUUUAAUGGCGAUAUCAACCAGAGUCCCGAGCCCAACCAGUGGUACCGAUUCAUCACCUCAAUUUUCAUGCACGCCGGUCUCAUUCACAUCAUUUUCAACCUUCUUCUGCAGCUUACCAUUGCGAAAGAGAUGGAGAUGGCCAUUGGGCCAGUGCGGUUUCUACUCGUUUACAUGAGUGCUGGGAUUUUUGGCAACAUCAUGGGUGGAAAUUAUGCGCCGCCAGGACAGCCAUCUGUGGGUGCCUCUGGGGCCCUCUUUGGUAUCAUUGCCUUGGUCCUCCUCGAUCUUCUGUACUCAUGGAAGGACAGACGCAACCCCGUCAAAGACCUUCUUUUCAUCAUUCUCGAUAUGGUAAUCGCAUUUGUCUUGGGACUACUUCCCGGCUUGGACAACUUUGUCCAUAUUGGCGGUUUUCUUAUGGGUCUCUCUCUUGGCGUCUGUGUCCUGCACUCGCCCAACUCACUGCGACGGCGGAUGGGCCAAGAGCUGUCGUACGCAGCCGUUUCUCCUCAAACUGGCGAGACACCCCCUCACUUUUUCAAGAACCCUGUCGGUUUCUUCAAGGGGCGCAAGCCACUCUGGUGGGCUUGGUGGCUGGUUCGAGCUGCCUUCCUCGUCAUGAUCAUUGUCGUUUUCAUUGUUCUCCUGAACAACUUUUACAAGUAUCACGACACCUGUGAGUGGUGCAAGUAUCUCAACUGCCUACCCAUCAACGAUUGGUGCGAUUGGGGAUCUUUUGAGCAUCUUAAGGAACCCAAGAGUUCUUCAUAA